CACAACAAUUUUCUCAUACUAUUUAUUCUACUUACUUGUCCACCUCAGUCAGCCAGUCUACCCUGCUGCGUUGUUAUUACCUACCUACUCUGGACCCAGUCCGAACACGAAAACGAAUUGGGCCCCAAGGUUGCGUCCCAAUCCCCACGCACGCGAUAAAUGCAUAUCGGAUAGUGUGUCAGGUCAACACCUCGGUAUAAUGCACUCAGUCUAGAUUCAAAAACAUCAUGUCUUUUGUUGAAGAUCGAGUCCGUCUACUUGACAGCCAAAUAGACCGCAUUUGCUUGUCACCUCUACUUACCCAGGAUGGGUUUCUGGAUGGUGAAAAUGACCCAGACGACGAAUCCUACAACAAGACGUUCAAUGUCGAAGGAUUCUCGUCAGCCGAGGUUACAGAGAAAUUAUGGAUUGUGAAGGCACUGUCCUCGUCCUCGUCUUCUCAAGCUCUCCUCGUUUCCGAGAGAAUACAGAGUCUUUUGGUGCAGUCAGGGCUGGUCGAUUCUUAUGGCCAACCUGACGCUUUCGAAGCCAAAAGUGCUCAGCAGACGGAAAUUGAGUGGCUGCUCAUCAGCAAGGCCACUCUCCAAGUAUAUGGUCUCUUGUUCAACACAUUGUUGGAUCAGAUAAUACCAUUGAGCAACGACAUUUGGUAUUGGGACUCUGUCUUGAGCUCAUAUACAUACAGCAGUCUAUUCACCGUCCAGACAGCACCCCUACGAUUCUGGGUCUGGGCCAAGGAGAUUGCCGUCGAUACUCAGGUUCGACUUCGCCGCCUUCAGAUUUCGCCUCUUGGGGUACUUGCAACCGAAGAGCCUCAGGCUUCGUUGUCGCAGCGGUGGGCUAGAUUUUAUGGAAUAGUGCGCGAGAGCAUCGUGACACGAUCCCUAGCAAAUGUUCAACGCAGGGUAAUGUCACCUAUCGCCUUGUGCCGGACUCAUGCCAAGCAAAGACAGGCUCAGCUGAAGAAGCUGCGAGAUAUGACUGCCAGCGGCCUGGGUGUGCUGAUCGACGAGGCUUUAAGUUUCGGGGCCGACGAGGAUCUGAAGACCGCCUCCAAUGAUGCUAAUAUUGAAUGGAAGGGCUUCGUCGAGCGAAGUGUUGCGUUGAUGGAUCUGAUCGUCAGGGAAGUGCUAACCCUGGAAACAGGCGUUAGUGACUUUGAACAUCGGGUGUUCCGUGGUGUUGAGGAUGACCCUGAAUUGUCCAUAUAUGCAGAGGAUGUGGCCGGAGCGCAGAAGCCCGCGAUUCUUGCCCAGAGACUGAUGAGCAUCCUGCAGAGCAGCUUGCCAAACCAUGUUGCUGCUACGAAUGAACUGGUCCAAGAGCACGGACGUCCGCCUCGAUUGGUGCGAUACUGGCUCCCGGCUACGGCGCUUCUCCUCUCCUCGUCCACGAUACUCAAGGUGCUUGUGAACCGACAGGAGGACGUGCUGCAGUGGAUCGCGGACCUCGGGGCCACAAUGCGAGACUUCUGGUUCAACUGGGUAAUUGAACCCACGCGCAAGGUUGUCGGCACCAUCAGGCACGACAGCAACAGCGAGAUAGCCAUUAUGAGCCGCGACAGCCUAAGAGCCGACCGAGAUAGCCUCGAACGAAUGGUGGUAGAGUUUGCACUUGAGAGACCCGAGCUUGCCGGGGCCACUUCGGCCCUGAACGAAUCCCAGGUUUCCGACUUGCGGGCCAAGAUCCGCGAGGGUGAUGUGACGCCAGUGCUCAAAGCCUACGAGAGCGAGCUGAAGCGGCCAUUCGUAGGCGCCAUUCGCGGAGACCUCCUUCGAUCCCUGCUGAUACAAGUUCAAAAGACCAAGGUUGACUUGGAAACAGCAAUCAGCGGAAUCGACGCGCUUCUCAAAAGCCAAGAACUGGUCUUCGGAUUUGUCGGGCUGACUCCAGGCAUUUUGGUUACCUACUUUGGGUUCCAAUACCUUCGUACACUCCUUAGCGGAAGGAAAGGUACUCGACGCGGCGAGCGCGCGGUUCGAGCCGUGAGGGUGCUGCGUAAUAUUGACCGUAUCUUUUCCGAUGCGAUGUCGAGCCCGUCACAAGACAAUCUGCUUCCUUACAAGGACUACGGCUUGCUGGUUUGUGAGGUUCACGUACUGCGAAAGCUAGUGAAUGGUGUUCUGCCUGCCGAUGUUGAGAGGGAAUUCCUGGAAGAUCUUGAGGACGUGGUGAAUGUCAAAGGUAUCACUGCACAAAUGCGAGCCUUUGAUCGGAUUCGCUGGGCCUACAGGAGGUGGCUGUGAUCUUGGGCUUUCAGAGACACAGUACUUUUUCUCCGUCAGGAUUAAUACAAAAGGUGCUUAUUUGGGCGAGUGAUUUGAUAUUGCCAGGGAAAGCGCGGCGUCUAGCAUAUACGGGGUCUUGUAAUAGUCUAUAGGCGGCCCGAAAAAAAAAAAAUUAUAUCAGGGUUUGAUCACGAAAACUUUGUGAGGAGGGUAAAAUAAAAGAAAGAAAGAGAAAGCCUCUGGCAAUUUUUGUUACAGAGGAUACAGGUCAAGUUCGCUUGAAUGUAGUUUGGCUAGUACCUAGAUCUGGUCUAACUCAGGUAACAUUGGUUGGUCACUGACUGACUGCAGG